CAACUUGGCAGGAACAUCUAUCUGUGGUUUGAUGCAGUUGUUAAACUUCAACAGCAAAUUCAUAUCACAGAUGCUGUCUGGCACAACAUUCUGCAACAUGCGAGAACUGGAGCAUGUACAAGUGUUGAUUUCUCAGAGAUUCAACAACUUGUUCUCACCAAUAAAGAAUUUCUAAUCACACCUCACAACAGUGUACAAUCUCGAUGGAAUAUUAGAGCUACAGAAAAGCACUGCUUACUCACUGGAGAGAUAUUGUACAUCUGCCCUGCGGAAGAUUCCACUCAUGACACACCACUCCAACUGCACAAUGACUAG